ACUCGCAGUCUUGUCUCUGCUGAAGUCUGACUUAGACUUUAGCUCCAGACAGCCCAGCUAUUUUCAGGAAGCAGCUAGAGAAUGCUGCCCCAAGAAAUACUUUCUCUGCUUACGCUGUUCUGUGUUUUCAGGGCUUCUGUUUCUGUUCUGGAUGAAGAUGAUGACUAUGAUCUCAUGUAUGUCAAUCUGGAUAAUGAAAUUGAAGGUCCAGUUCUUGGUACUGAGGAAACUGUUUCGUGCGACUGCCAGCAAGAGCACACCAAGUGGGACAAGCUCUUCAUCAUGCUCGAGAACUCGCAGAUGAAAGAGAACAUGAUGCUGCAGGCGAUGGAUGAGAUCCUGAAGGCAGACCUGCAGACCCUGAAAGCAGAGCUGAGCCAGCUCACCGCCGACCUCGCAGGCACCUUCGCCACUGCGGUUGAGAAAGUCACCUCCCACAUCGUGUCACAGGUAGAGCAGGCGCUUGUGAGGAACAGUGACCAAGCUGAAGAAGCCAAGAGGCUUCAUGAGUCUGAGCAAGGAAAGGUUCUCGAGCACGUUCUGCUGCUGAGCCACAACGUGUCCAGCAGGCUCGGCCGGCUGGAGAGCGUGUGGCUGAGGAAGUCUGAGGCGGAGGCUCAGGAGACAGCUUUUCAGCAGGAUAAAUUCAGUCCCACCAGAGGAGACAAUCUCGUUUUGAACUCUCUGUGGAAAGAGCUCCAGCAAACCAGAGCUGAACUGAAGGCAUCGCAGAAAUGGGCAGCUCAGCACUUACUGCCAGCAGGGUGUGAAACAGCAAUUCUAUUCCCCAUGCGUUCAAAAAAGAUAUUUGGGAGCGUUCACCCAACUGCUGGAAUGACCCUUCACUCCUUUACUGCUUGUGUCUGGAUCAAGGUGACGGAGGCUUUGAACAAAACUGUUGUCUUCUCCUACGGAACCAAGUUAAAUCCAUAUGAAAUCCAGCUUUAUCUCAGCCGCGAGUCUGCAGUGCUUGUUGUUGGUGGUGACCAGCACAAGUUAGCUGUCAAAAAUGUAGUUGUUCCUGGGAAGUGGAUCCAUCUCUGCGGUGCCUGGAGCUCGGAGAAUGGAUCCGCAUCCCUGUGGGUGAAGGGAGAGCUCGCAGCCACCGCCUUGGACAUUGCUGAUGCUCACACCAUUCCAGAUGGAGGGAUUUUGCAGAUCGGUCAAGAAAAGAACGGCUGCUGCAUUGGAGGUGGAUUUGACGAAGCUUUAGCCUUCUCUGGAAAAUUAACUGGCUUUAACAUGUGGGACAGAGUGCUCAGCACCAAAGAGAUAGCAGCACAGAGCGGAGAAGAUGCGUGCAGUAUCAGGGGCAACAUCAUCGGGUGGGGAGUCACAGAAGUUUUGCCAUACGGAGGAGCCCAGUAUGUUUCUUAAAUUCUGGCAAGGCAGUUUCUGAAGCAGAGAACGUAUUUCAUGAAGAGCUGAAUACCAAUACCUACAAGUAAACAGAGCCGUAGGAGCCCAUGUCUCUCGAAUUCCCAAGGAAGAUUAGCGUUGCAAGUUUACAAAAUGAGGUACUGUGGAGAUGGGAUUUGAUCUCUGCCUGCUGUUUUGGCAAAACACUGAAAAAACCCCCCCACGUCAAGGCAUGACAUUGGAAAAGCUGUCCCUGACUGUCUCUCUAGCACAGUGUUUUCUGAUGUACAAAAGUGAGUGGACAUUUCGGAGCCGAAUGCUGCUCCUGGUAUCCCUACUGAAGCAAACACGUCAGGUAUCCAGCUGACCAGUCUCUGCAGAACAGACGUAAGGUUGUGCAUCUUCCAGGCUCCUCCAGGCAUUGGUUUUUAUAGUGCUAAUGUGAAUUGUAAAGAGGAAUCACAUAAGCCAAGAAAUGUGUUGUUUCUUAAUCGUUGUUAGUAAUUUGUAGACUAUAACAAAACUAGCUCCUUGUUUAAAGCAUUAUUUAUGCCACGGAUUGACCUAACAUAUAAAAGUAAUAUUCCCCAUCAUAAUCUGAUGUUACAUUCGGAGAAAAUGCAGCUGUAUUAUAUUGUAAAUUGACUUUGUAAUAAUUUUAUUGAAAUUAUUUUUGUAAAGUUGUUCUGUAAAUAAAGAUACUUUACUAAACUAAAACUU